GCCUUCACUGUUUCAAUCUGGCUUUUAGCUGAAUCUGGGUUGUUGUGAACUCUUCUUGAGCUCUCACUUCUCCCAAUUGGAGUCAGGCAUCACCAAAUCUAACGCACUUCACGAUGGGGGCGGAGUCAUCAAGCCUCGCAGGCAGUGAUCCGCCAAAGAAGCCUCCGUUGCCAUCGAACUUCAAGCCUGUCGCCGUGCCAGAACGCGAUCCAGAAGCAGAGUCCGCGAACCUCCCAUGCCAUCCCACAGAAGCGUCGCACUUCAUUCCAUACAAUCGGCAUGACGUCGCCUUCACAUCACUUCGUCUCAUGGUGUACCACAUCGACAGCAGAUCCGCCACGCCCAUCGCACAUCUUCUGCAACAAGAGCUCGGCGAUGUCAAGGCGCAGGAGUUACUCACUCUGUUCUGCAGUUCAGUGAGGGGGAAUCCGCGGGAGUCCAACGGGAAAAGAGAGAUCAUCAAUCUCGCGGCGUUCAAGCAAGUGUGCGCCAAGAUCGAAGAGGCUCGCAAACAACAUGCUGUCCGUCUGCGUCGGGCGGAUAUGCAGGAUGUUGACGUGCGGUACUUUGGGUCCCAGGCGACGAUUGAGAAGUUCAAGGCCGAUAAGCUUGCGGUUGAGAGUUCGAAUGGAAAGCCGUAUCAUCUGUGGUUAGUGGUGGAUGAGGCCGUUCGACUCGCGCGCACGUCGCAUCGGCAUGAGCAUCAUCGUGAAGACGGAUAUCCUCAAGAAACUGUAUCCAGCCAGCAGACUUGCAACAGGCGAAAUCAGGAUCACCACCAACACCAUGCAAGCAGCGUCCGACAGCGAGACGCAGCUCACGCGCCGGGACAGCAUCUGACCUUUCCUCGACCCCAUCACAAAUUCACCUACCUCGGUCGCGCGGCGCAAAGGGGAGACUGCAGGAAGCAAUGAAGCUCUUGACCAAACGACUGGCAACUCUUCCAAGACAGAGAUGGCUUGGCAGAAGCGCAGAC